GAGGCUGGACAGAGGUUGCCUGGAGACCGCGUCUGAGUGAGCGGCAGACUUAAGCCUUUCGAGUAGCCAGAACAGGGGAUCCCGGCCAUGGCGGCUAAAGGGCGAGAGAAGGAGCCUAUUGACGAGGUGCACCAGACCCAGAUCAUGUGUGAGGUGAUCCGCAAGGAGCUGCGAACGCAGAAGCUGUACACUCAGUACCACGUGAACCCCCACCGCAAGGGUUACACCAUCACCAGAAAACCUAUGUCUUGGCAUGACAACAUAGAAGAACCUGCAGAUGCCAAAUUCCUCAAUAUCAUUCACUACGCUGCCCAAGGACCCAAGAAGAAAUAUUCGGAACCUCAGACAGAGAGCCAAGAAAUUGGCUGGGACUCAGAUCCUUUGAUCCCCAGUGAGCGCUGGGACACCAGGAUCAAUUUUUUCCGUAAAUACAUGGACAUCACGAAGUAUAUGGCAGAAUUCUGGCGCAUGAAGGCCAGAGAGAGCUCAGACUAGCAGGGCCAGGGACAUUUGGCUCCUUGGUCCUUUGUACACUCCAAUCCAUCCUAUGGUCCCCACCCUACCCCCAGUUCCCUCUAGC